AUGUCUUCAGAAAAGAGCCACCGUCUAUACGUCAAAGCCCGCCAUGUCAGCUACCAGCGCGGCAAACGCAACACAAACCCCAACGUGAGCCUUCUUGCGCUCGAAGGCGUCGACAGCACGCAAGACGCGCAGUGGUAUCUCGGCAAGCGCGUCGCAUAUGUCUACCGCGUUGCCAGCAGCAAAGAAGAAGGUCCUCGUGUGAUCUGGGGCAAGAUCCGCAGGACACAUGGUUCGUACAGCUUGUCAGACUUGCGAAAGAAAAGAUAUUGA